AUCUUCUCUCUACAACUUACCCUCUCUAGCCUCUCAUCUCGUCUCUCUCUCGCAGCACUUUCCGGCGACGAUUUUUCGGCGGGUCUUCGAGGAAAGUGCUGUGGCUGUAAAAGAUCGUUGCGAUAAAGCAGGAAAACUUGCUGGCAACCGCUUCUCUUUCCGCUAUAAUGAGCUCCACAAUCACCAUACACCGAAACAAGGAUCUCCUCUUCGAUCUCCUUGAAAAAUGGUGCGAGACUACCAACUCUUUCGUUUUCCUCUGGGGAGAAGCUACUCUGACGCUCGAGGACUUGGCGGUGCUCGGCGGAUACUCUGUGUUGGAGGAAAGGGCGCUGCGCGCUUCUGAAAGGGGCGAAUUAGGGGAAAUCGAGAAGAAACUGCGCAAAGCGCGGUCGGUGAUUUCUAGAUGCAAGUCGAAGAAGCCUAUGGUGGGGCCAUGGAUGGAGAAAUUCAUGGGUAGCCAGAGCGAAAUCGAGCACGAAGCGUUUCUCAUGUAUUGGCUUUCGAGAUUCGUCCUCCCCAUUGCUUCUGGCAUCGUUAAUGGAGAUGUGCUCUCCAUCACCGCUCGCUUGCGUCGAAAGGCUAAAAUAGCUCGUCGGACUCUGCUCCGACCCAACGGCAUAGUUUUUUCACGAAGAUGGAGGACGAGAGCAGCCAAGACAGCACCAGUCCUGUCUUGUUUGUGCACACAAAGCCUAAGGAUAGCACGCAAAAUAAUAAAGUUAUGGUAUGUUGCAUGUUGGCUGUUCCUGUAA